AUGGAUUCCGACCAAUUCAUUUUGCAAUAAAGUCUGACCAUGAGGAAGUAAUCAAAUUACUGCUUAACAAUGGCGCUUUUUAUGACUGCAUUAGAUUAUCUGAGAUAGAAGAAAAAGAUAUUAAAAGAAUUUUUCUGAUGAUAAAAGAACUUUUUCAUUCAGUUAUAUUCAGCAAUAUUUCAAAGGUUAUAUCACUUCUUGAUGAGGGUGCGUGCAUCAAUGCUAAGGAUUCAACAGAUAAUACGGUUUUGCAUUAUGCAGCAUGUAAAGGUUAUGCUGAAAUUUCUCAAAUUUUGGUACAAAACAACGCAAAUCCUAAUAUGUUCGGAGAGGGGAAUGCUACACCUCUUCAUUACGCGUCAGUCUUUGGCAGAAUUGAAGUAAUAAUAAUUCUAUUGAAAAAUGGUGCUAUAUAUGAUGCAAUAACAACUGAUAUGAAAACUCCUCUUGAUCUAUCAUCAAGCAAAAGUGUCAGUGAUCUAUUAAAACUAAUCGAUAGCGCUUUCAAAUCUGUGCAAAAUGCUAAUAUUGAGAUUUUAAAAACCCUGGCAAAAAUUAUGGAUUCCAAUGUGUUAAAAUCGAUUAUGUGUACAAAAAAUAAAAAAGGAAAGACUUUACUGUCUUGCGCUAUCUGCAAUGAUUUUCCUAAAAUAAAUCAUCUCAAACAACUAUUUUUCAAUUAUUCAGAAACCUACAAUCAAAUUUAUAAUCAUUUAUUUAUUAAAGAAAAUUUUAAUGAUGAUAUAAGGAUGCAAACGAAUUUGCUGCAGAAAAUUUCUGCAACUCAUGUUUCAGAUAAUCCAAAUUCAUUAGAAAACAAAGAAAACUAUGCAAUAAUAUUGUAUAAGCUGCAGAAAUAUCACGAAGCACUUGAUAUUUUUCAGGAAAUGGUUCAGAGGAAGAUGGAGCUAUUUGGACUGGGUAACAUUCGUACUCAAAAAACACGAUUUUAUAUUGGUUCCAUUCUCCAUAGAUUAGAUAGAAACGAAGAAGCAAUAGAAAUUUUAAAAGAUGUUUACUUACAACAAAGCUUUUUAAUGGGUUCAGAUCAUUUUGAGACUUUGAUUACUAUGUUUAGUGUGGCAGAAGUUUUAAAUGAACUUAAACGGUAUGAUGAAGCACUAAAUCAAAAUAGGAUUAUGUUGAGAAAAUUUCAGGAAAUGUUUGGUUCAGAAAACCCUCUAACUAUAUACGCUCAACAAUCUCAAGCAGAUAUUUUAACAAAUUUGGGCAAGUACUGCGAGGCUCUAUCUUUCUGCAAAUGUAUUUACGAAUACAAAAAAACAGAGCUAGGGCCUUCUCAUCCAGACACUUUAAUGUCACUUUUUAAAGUAAAGUCUUUGUUAUGUUAUCAAAGUUCAUCUGAUAAAGCUCUCAAUGACUUACAAGAUUUUUUAAAUAUUCAGGGAAAUGUUUUAGGUCCAAAUCAUCGAUUUACGUUAAUGGCUGAGUAUGAAUUAGCCAAACUGUCAUUCAAAUGUCAUAGAUUUAGUGAGGGUCUUAAAAUUCUUAAAAGAUAUAUUCCGAAACGAAAGGUUGUCUCAGGUGAAAAUGAUUCAAUGAUUUUAAAACUGCAACAAAAAAUAGAAAAAUGGAUGGAUGAGGUUGAUUUUUUCAAUUUACUAACAUCAUCCGAUAAAGCUCCGAAACCAAUCGUGUCACUUGUUCAAGAUAUGUAUCAAUUUGAAACUUUUGAUUCUGAAGGAACAACGUUUCUUCAUUUUGCUGCAAGGGAAGGACAUACGUCUUUAGUAAACUAUGCAUUGCCGAUUGGAUUCAAUGUUAUGGCUGUAACCAAUACAGGAAAUACUGCACUACAUGUAGCAGCGUCUAAAGGUCAUGCUGAAAUUAUCGAGUUACUUCUCAAGCAUGUAAAAAAAACUAACUUCAAACAAUUAACUGAUUUUAUAAAUGCUGGAACACGAAAUAAAAGAAAUUCUGCAUUACAUGCAGCUGCAGAUGUUGAAACUGUCAAGACUUUGCUCAAGUACGGUGCCAUCUAUAACAUACGAAACAAGGAUGGCAGAACACCAAAAGAUUGCACAACAGUAGACAGCAUUUCUGAUUUUUUUCAACUGAUUGAGGAAUUUUUCAUUGGUGCCUUGAUUGGAGACGGCAAAAUAAUAUCCAAAUUCAAGAAUCUUUGCCCAGAAGAUAAAUUAACAGUUUUAAAUGCAAGAAAUGAGUUGCACCACACAAUACUGCAAGUUGGUUUGAAUUAUGGGCACAAAAAAAUUAUUGAGAGUAUUAAACUUGAUGUCUGAGAUUGGAAAUUUCAUUUUUUAAAUACUAUAAAAGAAAUUUAAUGCUUCAAAGCUUCCCAAAUGCUAAAGUUGGUAAAUUGAAUUCUAUAUAACAAUAUACAUACUUUGUGAUACAUUAUGACUGGCUCCGAAACAAUGGGAUGGGGGAAUUUGAAUAAAUUUGAUAGUUUAACCUUAAAAUAAGUGUGUCAUGAACCGUCAUGAACCGUCAUAAACCGUUUUAAUAUAUUUGGUAAAUAUAUUUAUGUAAUGAUUCUUAUAAUGCAUGUAGCACGUUUUGCAUCUGGAUCUAUUCAUAUUUUAUAUUUUUUGUAUAAAUGGUUUGCUAAGUAGAAACUGCAACUCUAAAUUUGUAUUUUUUUUUUUUUUUGUAAAUAAUUCUAUCCAAUCUGGUAAUUUUUACGAAAGAGUUUUCCUUUUAACUGUCAAAGUGGAAUAACAAUUGGAGAAUCUAGUUGAAUAGAUGAAACGUUAUAUAUAUUUGGUAAAUAUAAUUGGCAAAUAUAUUUAUAUAAUUCGUAUAAAGUAUGUAGCAGGUUUUGCAUCCAGACCAACUCAUAUUUUACAUUUUUUGUAUAAAUGGUUAAGUAGAAAAUUCAACUCAAAAUAUGCAAUCGUUUUACUAGUUAGUAAUUCUCUCAAAUCUGGUAAUUUUUAAGAAAGAGUUUUCUUUUUAACUGUCAAAGUGGAAUAACAAUUGGAGAACCUAGUUGAACAGAUGAAGCGUUAUAUAUAUAUUUGGUAAACAUAUUUAUGUAACGAUUCUUGUAAUGCUUGUAGCACGUUUUGCAUCUGGAUUUAUUCAUAUGUUACAUUUUUUUGUAUUUUUUGGUUUGCUAAAUAGAAGCUUCAACUCAAAAUAUGUAAUACUUUUACUAGUGAAUAAUUCUAUCCAAUCUGGUAACUUUUAAGAAAUAGUUUUCUUUUUAACUGUCAAAGUGGAAUAAAAAUUGGAGAGUCUAGUUGAAUAGAUGAAGCGUUUAAGUGUAUUUUCAAAGAUGUUCAUCUGAGUAAGAAGAAAAUAUGGUGUUCGAACUAUUUUGUGAUAGAAUUAAGAGAACGUGGGCUAAUACUUCUGUGCCCUAUUUAUAUUACCACUACGUCAUUUAAAGAGAAACUAAUUCAAUCACACACACAAAACUAAUGUUUACUUAUGUUAAAAUUAAAAUUGGAAAAUAAAAAAAAUCUGUUACAAAUAGAAAACCCACAUUGAUUCAACCAGUUUUUACUAUUUCGCUUGUUCAAUUUAUAUAUUUCUGUAAAUGCUCCUAAAAAUGUCACUUACUCUCUUCUUUGACACAGUUUUUCGAUUUAAUUCAAUCAUUUCCAUUAAAUUGCAAGAAAUAUUAUUUAAUGUUGGACUGCAGUUAGCAAAAAAACCAAUUGUUUAUGGGUUAUCUAGCAAUUGGUUAACAGCAAAGUAUAUGCUUUCACCUUUAUUGCUGCAAUCAACAAUAAUACUGCCAAAUGUCACUGCUACUAAUAUACAAUUUAUCUUGAAAAGAAAAGCUUGUAAAAAAUAAUAUUUUGUAUUUAUCUUGUUUUUGGAGAAACUAGAUCAGCUAUUUCUAAAUGAUGUUCCUCGAAACCCUGAGGUUUUCAUAUAAAGGCCACAGGGGUUCCGAAAAUUAAAAUUUUUUUCACGAGUUACGAUUUUUGAAACCUGUAAUUAGAAUUAUGUCCAAUUAAUAAGUUGUUAUUUAUUUAAUGUUUGCGUACUUUGUAUGAAAUUGUUUAAUUGAAAUGUUU